ACUUUCAUCUUAAUAUAAACCCACUUCUCAUAUACUUUUCAUUUGUCUAUCACCUUUCUUGCUUCCUUCUAAACUUUCGAACUAUGGAAGCUCACAAUUUCUCUAGCAAGAUCACCAAUUCUUCUCCAUCACCUCAAACACUCAACAGCAACACCCAUGUUGAUCUUUCUCUUGAUAAAAGGAGUCAUUCAUCAUCUUCAUCAUGUUUCUUACAAUCACCAUUGUCUUUAUCAACCCUAUUUCCCUCAUCACCACUUGAUCUUUCCUCACAAGUCAAAGCCAACGAAAAAGAUGCCAUGGAAGAGAAAAAGGAGAUUAAUGUCAAGAAUUUGCAUGCAAAGAAUGGGUUGUUUCCUCCACCAAUUUCUUGCUUAAAAUUGGUCAAGGCAGGCAAUCCUUACACUUAUCUGUCAUUCAAUGAGGGUGAUGAAAGCUUUGUUCUUGAGGAGAUAAGAAUUCCAAAUCGAGACAUUUUUCGUGCUUCGAGAGAAAACGGGCGAUUGAAGUUGUUCUUUGAUCAUUCAGAAGAAGAAGAGGGGAAAAAAGAAAAAGAACAUAAUUAGCUUUUUCCUCUCUUCAUGGUUAAAUAAGUUUAUAAAUGCUAUGUGUUUUCUUCAGCAAACUUUGUUUGUUUGUUUGUUUGUUUGUUUGUUUAUGUGUCUGCAAUCGUGCGUGUCUUGAGAGACUUUGCUUCUAUUUGUUUACUUUCCAUAUGAUGUUGUAGUCAAGAACAAAAUGGUAGUUUUUAAAUA